AGGAUGAAAUAAUUCAUUAAGCCAGUUUGCUCAGAUCUCGUCGAGGAAGCUCGUGCUCUUGUCGCUUAACCCCUGGCUCAUUCUUGGCGUCGGAUAAGGUUUUGCAGAAACAUAUUUCGCAGCAUCUUGGAACAAAAAUCCGAAACAAUAACUCCUCUUCCUUAACAUGGAUUGGAUUGAUUUUACAUAAAUUAUUUAGAAAAGGAAUAUUUUACCGCAUAUGACUAGAAAGUGCUGGAUUAUUUUGUCAGAUUUUCUUGUUAAAAAAUUUGCUUGGUCGUGAGCCGUCACCAGAAAACAAUUUAAAUUGGGAACUCUUCACCGUGACUCUGGAAUUCUUGAACAGAAACUUGAUUUAUUUUCUCAUCUGGAUUUAACGUACUAUUCCUUCCUAUUUCCACCAAUAAACAGGAUUUCUGUUUUCUAUAUUGUGAUUAUUUCAUAUUUGGAAGUUAUACAUUCGGACAAAUCAUGUUGACCAAGCUUGUUGCCAGUGCGGUGUUUUAUGUCACAGCACUUUAUAUAUCUAUAUAUGCGGUAACCAGUGGAAAUGCACAGUGUAUUGAGAAUGGAAUAAGCACAAAUAUAAGCAGCGAGUUAGUAAGAGAAGGGGAUAGUGUGACUCUGUCCUGCUAUGUAUCUGGUGCCGGUGGACUGUCGACUUCCUGGGUCAAUCCAGCCGACGAAAUCCUCUCCGUUGAUGCAGUUAUUUCUGGAAACCUCGAACCAAGGUUUGCGAUCGAAGCCAAUAAUGCGAACCCGGAAUGCAUGGUAUAUAACCUUACCAUAUCAAACCUGACCAUGGCCGAUGCAGGCACCUAUGCGUGUCGACCGACGACGGCAACGAAUCCGUUGUCGAGCGAGGCAAUUCUUAUUGCAUAUGAGCCGUCACCGAUCUAUCCAGAGUGUCGGGUAACGGGAGGUAGUACCUUGGUCCGGACAGGAGAUGUCUUGGAGUUCAUCUGUGAAAGCGAACCCGGCGUUCCCGAAUGGGAUCUUGUCUGGGAAAGCUAUCUGUCCGGUACGAUCUCGACGUCGCCCAUCAAUUCGACAACGACUAACAGUGAGUUGAAAAGCAUCACGUCAUCAUUAAACGCCACCGCUGAUGAGAAUGGAAAGAUCAUGUCCUGUUUUGCUACCUGUCGCGAUCCAGGGUGCGUGGAUAAAGCUUCACGGAACUGCAGUCUGGGACAGAUCGUUGUCGUCGACAACCCUGUUAAUGAGUAUUUCUUUGUUAAUGACUCUUUAAUAUUUGUAACGAUUGGCGGGAAUGUGAGCAUGGAGUGUCACACAACGUUGCCCGGUGCAGAGGUGAACUGGCUCCUACAUGAAACUGUAACAGAGAGCUAUGUGGUAGAGACGACUCCUACUGGACAGUCAGCAUCCAUCUACAUUACCGGUAUUACCAACACUACCAGUGAAAACCCUUUUGUAUGUUCACUCAAUAUCGACGGUGCUGUUAUCGCGACGAGAAAGGCUUCCUUGACACUAGAUCCAAUUCCGACUACCCAGAUUCCAACCACGGUGAUCCAGACGAUGGGGCCGACGACGGCGAGUUAUUCCACAGACAUGGCCCCGAUGAACGUCACAGCGACGCCCAGCAUGUUGGUGAAUGUCACAUCAAACGCGACAAAUGCGGUAAAUACGACAAGCCAGCCAGGUAACGCAACAACAACCAUGUCAUCUGGCAAUGUUACAACCACUCUGGCUUAUGGUAAUACGACAUUGGGUAUGACAAACAGUUCGUCACCAAACGCUACAGCAUCUGCUACCACUCCUCCACAAGAACCCACGACACAAGCGCCAUUUUUACGGACAAACACAACACAGCAGCCACAGAAUACGACGAUGCCAACAACGACGCUGCAAGGAGGCACCAAUGGGACAAAUGUGACGUCAGAAUCAGGCAACACAACCGCAACAGUAGGACCCUUCGACCCAACGAUCGCUCAACGUAAUAUGACAACACUCGACUGGUGGAAACCACAGACAACAUUCUUCCCACAGAAAACUAUGUUUCCUCAGAAUCCUGAGAGUCCUACGAACAUGAUGACCCAACAGCCUUCAACAGGCCCUCAGACGACACCAGUUGCUUCAGGUCCGCCGAACGCCAUAGCUGCUUUCUUCACUCUUCCCAUCAUCAUGGGUAUCGCAGCUGUCGGUGGUCUCCUUCUCAUCUUUAUCGUCGCAGCUAUCGUCUGCGUUUUGACGUCGAAGAAACGACGCGGCAGUCAACACGACGUCGAAGAGCUAACCGAACUCUCCAAGAGAAACUCCAAACCUUACGAAGUGCCUUCCAGCCGGACAGCAGAGUCCGAUCCGACUUUUGCUGCAUUUGGAAAGGGGACAUCAACUCAAGACUUGAUCAACAUCGGCGAUGAUCAUCCGUCAAGCGCGCAACAGAAUGGUAGCAACAACGUAGGGAGAAGCAAUAAGAACAAUGGAUCUGAUACAAGACCGCUCACUGCUAAUGAUCUUCUUAGUAACGGUAUUGACAAUCAUGGCAUGUCUGAUUCAAUUCUUUAAACCAACAAUCGCAACAUUUCAAAUAAUUGUACUCUCAAUACAUCAUGAAUAUAAAGAUGACAGUCGAUUUCGUUCCGGAUAAAAAAAACCCUUCAAGGCUGACGCGAAUUUUAUCCUUCCAUUAGGGAUCUCGGCCUGCCUGAUUGAACUCCGCGGCGCGCCGGUGUCGCAGCGAGAUCGACAUGACAGCGAAGCAAAUCUAUGAACUUUUAACUAGAUAUUGUUACGUAAUGCUGUAAAUUUCAUAU